AUGGUUAAAUUAUUGUUAUUCAUUUUGCAUUGUUAUUUGAUUUGUUGUACUGAACCUAAACGUUCAGUAUUUUUGACAAGUUGGUUUGGUACGGGAACGAAAAAUGUUAAAUACGAAACUAUUGCUGUUAAUAGCGCUGAUGAAAAUGGUAAUCUGAUUCGACGGAAAUUGAAUUCAAGACGAGAUAGCAAUAAUCAAAUAAUAAAUGAUUGUAUUGAUAUUUAUGGAACAUUAAGAGUGAAUGGGGAGGAAUAUGAACGGAAAAAUGGCAGAUUUAAAUAUAAAUGCUCAAAUGGUCUUGAAAUUAUUACAGGUAAAUUAUCACAUCAAAGAUGUUACAUAACUGAUACAAAACAAAAGAUAAAGAUUGGCGAUGUUAUCACAAAAUGGAAUAUGCUAUUCAAAUGUUAUUUGCAUAAUAAUGUAGUACAAUAUGAAGAAUAUCCUUGUGGUUUACCAGGUACACAAGCAUGUGAAAUUCAAUUAAAUCAACGUUCACUUAGCAGUAAUGUACCAGUAAAACCAAGCUUUGGGGCAUUUAGUAUUGCACAGUAUAUUUAUCGUGGUAAUGAUAAAGUAUUGACAGGUUCCAAUACUUUGAAAUUAGAACUAUCGCGACCAGAUGGUUAA